CACUGACCACUGUAGGCGGGAUAAGGAUGGUCGUUUACGAAUUCAUCUUUAAUAACACUGGCGAUAUGUGAGAACCAUUAGCUGUAGCUUUUGGUACUGAGAGCGUUUUUUCAGUCAAUGUUACCUGUUUGACGUGCACUACAUUUCCCAGGGAGCCACGGGUCUCUCCCAGUGCCGUAUCCAGGAAGUCGUCUGCGGUUGUCAAGCAAACUUUUGCUCGUAGGCAAAGUGAUUCCAUGGUCUUAAAAUGCGUAGACUGUCUCUCUGGACCGUGGCUUCCUGCUACAGCUAAUUUCAAGCUAGUUAAAUGGGACAGAUGUGAUCAUAUUGUUAACUUCCGGUCGCCGUGAGAGAUGAGUUGUUGUCGUGGGCCCGUGGCCCAGAAGGUCCGGCCCGGUACAGCCCGGGUCCUGGUGACUGAGCUGAGUGGAUCAGGACAUAUCAACCCAACUCCUGCCACAAAACCCUGUGAGGACUUUGAGACAGCAGUGGAGCGCUACCUCUCUCCAGAGAAGCUGAAAUCGCUAUGUGGAACUUGGGAACUCUCUCACGUGACCUCGCUGGAGAUCUGCGUGGACACACAAGAAAAUACGCUGGGCAACUUUGGUGCCCUCUUGCCCAGGCUGCUGCAGCUGAAAAUGAAUAACAGCGUGAUCAUGUCAGUAAGAGACCUGGGAACCUCCCUCUCCCAACUGCAGGUGCUGUGGAUGUCUCGCUGCUGCCUUCAAGACCUCGAUGGCAUUUCUAACUACUCUUCUCUCAAGGAGCUGUAUGUGGCCUAUAACAGUGUGUCAGACUUGAGUCAGGUUGGCAUGCUGGAGAACCUGCAGCUGUUAGAUCUUGAAGGGAAUGACGUGGAUAACCUGGUCCAGGUCCAGUAUCUGGCGUUAUGUGGCCAACUCCAGACACUAACCCUGGAGGGAAAUCCUGUGUGCGUGCGCCCAACACCCACUGCCACUCAGACUGGAGACUAUAGAUAUCGGGCAGCAGUGAGGGAGUUGGUCCCUCAGCUGCAUUACCUAGACGAUACACGGGUGGAGGAGGACGAGCUGAGCCGCAGCAGCGCCAUGGGAGAAGACUGGGCCAUUCUCCGAUACGCCAUCAAGAACGGCAACCCCUCACAGAGUGCUGCUGAGGACGAGGAGACGGCAGACAGUGCGUGUCCUUACAGCAGACCCAGCUCAGCCCGGCGCCCCGAUACCAGCCGCUCCUGUGUCCGGCCGCUCUCUUCAGUGGGCUCAAGACCCCAGACUGGCUCCAGACCCAUGUCGGCAACCAGGUCUGGAGUACUCUCCCCUCCUGGAUCCAGACCUGGCUCUGCAGACUCGGAUCUAGCAGCAGUGGACGCUGAAACCAGCUUCCUGACACACGGAGCUGGUAAGAUUCUGUUCUGUGGAAACCCAGUCCAGGCUAUUCGAGCAAGGCGUGAGAAGUUGAAGACGGCACCCACCGGGUCUACUCUCAUCCCCCGUGACCUGCCCAUCCACAUACCAGAGCACACGUACGACCUUGAGGAGCCUGAUGUUGGAAAACGAUGUGAUGUAUUUGCUGAGCUUAGAGCAUGGAGGGCGCAGCACAGCAGGCGUCUGCAGGCCAUAGAGACGGAACGAUUACCACAGGUCCUGGCUAUUCAGCACAGGGAUGAGGAAAUGGAGGAAAAUGACUAUGAAGGAGACGGUUUUGUUAAUGUGAGGAAUGACAGCAGUGAAGAGGAACAUCGAGAGGAGAAGCAUGGCGACAGCCUAGAAACUGCCUUGACAGAUUCCUCGUUUCAGUCUCUUUCCCCAGGUGAACGCUCACUGAUUGAAUGUGCUGGCUGUUUGCCUAUAAAAGACCCGUAUCACAGAGAGGCAUUAUCCCCCGACGUGGCGCAACUGUCUCUGUCCUCAGACACCACGCUGUCCCCCUCUCCCCCUGUCUGUGCCACAGCAGCUCCUGGUAAUCGUAUACCCAAAGGUUUUCGUGCACGUCGUCUUCGACUCGGCCAGGCCAAUUCAGAACAUUUACCUGAUUCUGGCAGAGUAAGUUGCUCCCACGGGACAGGGGACACAGAGCAGACACUCCAUAGGGUCCAGCAGUUGACCAGGACAAAUGUGGCCCUAUUAGCUCUGACUGCACACACACCCUGCCCGCCACCUUCAAGUGCCCUGCAUGAAGGACUCAUGGAUUCAAGUGUGGAGAAGGACUUGUCCAGUGCACAGUCUGGCAACAAGCCCCGCCACACUCCUCAGAUGUCCAAACUCCUGGACAGGCCAGCGAUUACUCGUCCUCACACAGCCAGAGCAGCUCUGCAGACGCAUCACCAGCAACACAUACUUCGGCCCUGCAGAGGGAGCCCACACCCUGACUGACUGACACCAGAAGGGGCUGAUGUUUGGCUGCCCUGCCAGUGAUAGUGUGUUACUGUCCCAUACCCUUUAAAACAGAGUGGUAGCACGACGACCAUUCAAGAGGACUCUGUUCUGAAGCUCACCAGCACCAUGCUUUGAGGUGUGUUGGGAUUUCCAGCAUUUUUCUCUCUUUUUCUUUUACAGAAGAUCAAACAGAUACUGAAAGCAGUCACACUACUGUUGGGACCAACGUAGCAGUUUCCUGUGUUACUGUGUAAACAACAUUAGUGAAGUUGCAGGAUGUAGUUGCUAUAAUGAGAUGAUCCCUCUAAUGCUACCGAGUUGUGUUUUGAAUGUAAUUAAUACCUCAAAGGUGUAUUUCUCAGGUUGAAAUGUUUCAUUAUGAAAACUCAAGUGCUACCUUGUUAAAUAAAUAUCUUGAUCAACUUGAGAGUACUGUGGCUCUGAGUCAGACAACAUAUCCUGCACUGUUUACCAUUGUCCUGAUAUUCAUGGUGUAAUAAAAUAUUUUUUCCA